AUGCGAUCUGGCUUGGAUAAACCCGGCGCCCUUCCGCUGCUCGCCUUGGUGGUGUUCUCGCUGUUGACCCUGGUCCCCUCGCUAUCGAGCAUCUAUAACCUGAAACUCGCCGAUUUCAGCUUCUACUCAGGCACAGCGCGCCGUAUGUGGACCCCUUCCACCGUUCCUGAAUCCCCACUGACCCCUGCAGAGGUUCCCCUCCUGCAAGAUGGCGUGACCGAGAUCAACAAAGCGCACCCAUUCGAACCACAACCAUGGCCUCCGGCGGCACCUCCCCGAUCCCGAGUCAAUUUACUACGCACUGCGCGAGUGGGGAAUCCGGCCGCGAUCGCGGCUAGCGAAACCCCCGUUGUGAACAAAAGUCGACUUUCGAGAGAAUCCUCGUUGAGCCGCAGGGCUCGCGCAUUCAGAUCUUACUUCAUUCAGCACUUGGACGAUUAUACAUUCCUCCCAUCUUUCUCCAAUCGCAGCGUGGUGGAAUCGACUUCAUACCCAUCCAACCAUUCCUCACUCCCCACCGACCUCAUCUCCAACACGCAAAAUCACACCGAGCCCCUAGGGCGGUUACCUACCCUUCGCGGCAUGUGCCAACAGGCCUAUGGCAUGGUCAUCGAUCUUGGAAAACACACCUUCCGUGCAUCCGAAUACGCCAGAUCGAUGUUCUCUGCGGCAGACAAGCCGUCAACAUUAAUACCCCAUUCGACAGAAUUGAAUUAUACGGAGCUCCACCCGACAUCUGAAGUCCAGACGAUGGGAGCCGAGGACUCCUCUGAUGCUGCCGCCGGUCGGCACUCGCGGGAGCUGCAUGGAAGUUGCAUGGCUGUUGUUAUUGGCCUCGUGGCGGGCAUCAUGUGGUUCUAG